AUGAGAGUUAAACCAGAGUUACUAUUACGUACGAUGAAAAUACUUGGCGAAAUAUCCGGAAUCUGGCCAAUUUUUGACUCACAAGUGUGGAUAAGAAUUAUAAAAGAAUUAGUAUGGUUUGUGUCGAUAGUCAAUAUUACAUUGAUAAUAAUUCCUACGAUGUUGAGUAUACAUAAGGAACUUCACGAAGGUCAACCAUUAAAAGCACUUCAUUCUCUAAGUGCACUGCCAGUGUAUUCAGAAACAUUCGUCAAUCUUCUUAUGUGGAAGUAUAAUAAGAAUCAAAUUCAGGGAUUAUUAUGGGAAAUGUUUGAUUACAUAAAAUCAGUAAACGGCAGAGACAAAAUUAUUUUAAGUAAAUCAAUAAACCAUCACCUGCCUUUAUAUAUAUUUGUGGUGGUAUUUUGUUCACUGGCUUGUGUUUCUCAUCUAUGCGUUCCAAUUUUUACACCUCAAAGACUGUUACCUUCUGUAGCUUAUUAUCCAUUUACUAUUGAACCAUAUACAGCCACAUAUUACUUAGUUUACACUCAGCAAGCUAUAGCUAAUUUACAAUGUGGAUUGCAUCACACUGUUGCUCCAAUUAUAAUCGCAAUACUACUGUCUUAUGUAACAGCAAAACUAAAAGUACUAUUAUUAAGAUUAAAAAAUGUUGUCAAUGUUGAUGAGUUCAAUGAUUGGAUACGACAACAUCGAGAUUGUAUACGAUAUUUUGAGCAACUCGAUAAAACUGUUCGUUUCAUUAUAUUUAAGAGCUUUGUCAUUAUAACAUUAUCAGUAAUCUUAGGAGGUAUUAAGAUCGUACAUACUUCAAGUGUUAUAGAAACAACAAAAUUUUUAUUUAUCGUCAUUGCUGGAUGUUUAGCAGUUUAUUUAUACAUUCCUCCAGCAGAUGAUUUAUAUGAGCUUGACUGA